AUGCUUAUACUUUCGCUGUCUGCCCCCCUUCCUCCUUGCCCCCCUCAGGUGGUGCUGCUGCAUGCAGCAGCUGAGGAUUUCACUGCCCUAGCGCCCCUGCUGGCCACAGCAGCAGGAGGAGGGGGGGCCACAGAGGGAGAAGGGGCAGAUGCAGCAGUAGCUGCGAGGGGUGAGGCAGCAGCAGCAGGAACAACAGAAGGUGGAGGGGAAGGCCGCACAGCACGAGCUCUCGCGCUGAUCGCACCCCCGCAUGAGGAGUUUCAAGGCAACGCAAGGGUGCUGACAGGUGCGGUGCGGUUGGUGGGGUCACUGGCAGGUAAGAAGGCGCGAGGCCUUACUCUGAUCGCACCCCCGCAUGAGGAGUUUCAAGGCAACGCAAGGGUGCUGGCAGGCAAGCUCAUCCGCAAGGUGAAGGCCUGCUGGCUGCCCCUCUGCUGCUUGCCUCUACUCUGCCCCCUCUUUCAAAGACCCUUAUUCCCAAACCCCCUCUGCUGCCCCCCUUCACUAAAAACCCCCUGUCCUUUCAACCGCUCCCCUCCACCAGGCAGGCUCCUCCGCAAGGUGAAGGCCUGCUGGCCGUCCGCUGUGCUGCUGGCCUCCACUCUGCCGCCCGUUUCCUCUGCCGCCCGCAUUGAUCAUUUCGUCUUGGAGGGCGAGGGGGUGAAAGGGGGAAGAGGCGUGGGAGAGGAGGAAAAGGAGGGUUGCAAGAGGAGGCGGAUGGGGGUGAGGGAAGAAGGCGGGGAAGAGGAUGCGGGGAAAGAAAGUGAGAAAUGUGAUCAGAACGAGUUUUAUCUGCAAGUGCUUCAAGCGGUGCAUGCCAUGGUCGCGGCUAUCGAACGUGUGAAGGACUCCGUAUUUGAGCGGGGUCGUCAGUCUACCCAGCCUUUACCUGUUUUAAAUCGACCCAAAGCGCCUGCAGCAAUGUUGGCCAUUUUCCAGAAGUCGAUAGGCGAGGCGCCUCAGGAGCUGAUGGCGCCGAAGCUGAACCGGUCGGCGUCCAUGUCGGGCCGGCUGGACGCGAAGGAGAUCCUCCACGGCUUCAAGAAGGCGCACCCGGGCGCCGUGCUUAUGCAGUUUGACGAGCAACACGCUAUCGCGUACACGCACGACAUGCAAGACUUUCUCAUGCCCAGGCAAUUCGCGGCGUGCGACGAUGUCUUCUGCGCGUUCGCCGGCAACAUCGAGAACCUCGCGCAGCUGCGGCAGCGGUACGGGCUGGACCGGCACGUGAGCGAGGUGAAUCUGAUCAUCGAGGCGUACAAGACGCUGCGCGAUCGCCGCCCGUACCCGCCAGACCAGGUCAUCGCGGACCUCGCGGGCGCGUUCGCGUUCGUGCUGUACGACAACAAGGCGAAGAAGGUUUUCGUGGCGCAUGACGCGCAAGGCAAGGUGCCCUUGUACUGGGGCAAGUGCCUGGACGACGGAGUGCUAGCCUUUUCGGACGACCCUGCUGUUCUCAAGGCCGGCACCGGCUCCUCCUUUGCCCCCUUCCCUCUCGGCUGCUUCUACUCGUCGGACGGUGGGCUGCGCAGUUUCACCCACCCCGAGAAGCAGCUGAAGGCCAUUCAGCACAUUGACAGCCAGGGGGAGCUGUGUGGCGCCACCUUCAAGGUCGACAGCCAGCAGGACCUCACCCAGAUGCCUCUAGACCCCAAGGACGACAGUGGACGGGGCUGGUCGUAA